UUGCUACUGUUCUCCGCCCAUAAAGAAGAACGCGUGUUUAGAUGUUUUCAGUGUGGUGUCUGACAUAUGCUGUCACACUUGUCAAUGUUUAACUUUAAGUCGAAAGUUGCAUGAGGCGCAGCACUAUGUCGAACCCGUCUUCUCACAGAACACACACUAUCUAGCUAAUGGCUGCCCUGCGAGCGGCGAAGCAGGCGCUGAGGAAAGCGAUCAAGAGACGGGUAGCAGCGCUGAGUGACGAGGAGAAACGACGACAGUCCCUGGUGGUGUCACAGAAGCUUUUCCGACACCCCAAAUAUGUGUCCUGCAAGAGGAUUGCCGUGUUUCUCAGCAUGCAUGAUGAAGUGUGCACGGAGGAAAUCAUCAAAGACGCGUUCAAAUGGGGAAAAAGCUGCUUCAUCCCCAGAUAUGAGAGGAGCUGCAGCCAUAUGGACAUGUUGCAGCUCACCAGUCUGCAGGACAUGGAAACGCUGCCCCUGACCUCCUGGAACAUCCGACAGCCUGCUGAAGAUGACAACAGCAGAGAGGAAGCACUGGCUGCAGGAGGUCUGGACCUAAUCUUGAUGCCAGGCCUGGGUUUUGACCAAAUGGGGAAGCGUCUGGGACGAGGGAAGGGCUACUAUGACACCUACUUGGAACGCUGCAUCAGAUACUCUAAAGGAAAGCCGUACACCAUCGCCUUGGCCUUCAAAGAGCAGCUGUGCCAGGAAAUCCCUGUUGAUGACAACGAUGUGCUCAUUGAUGAAGUUCUGUAUGAGGAUGAUGAGUAACUGGUCAAUCACCAGAGGUGCAUUACAUUACCAUUACCAAUGCACACAUUUUCACUGCAGACAUUUAAUUUGUUAUAGCAAGAAGCUCAAAUGGAACUAAUGAGGCCAAGAAUGGCCUUCAUUAAUAUAUUGUAUUUAGCAUUAUACAGGCUAAGAUGCAAAUUCAGUCGCUGUAUUGAUAAUGUGUGAUCAAUAUAGUGAAACCUGAUAUUCAUCAGUGUCAAACAUUAAUGGACAAUUAGAUGAAAAGAAGUGCUAAUAAAGUUGUAAUGGAAAAUGUGCAGGCUGCAUGACUUGUAAUGGGAGGGACAGUUGUUAUUUAAGUUCAGAGAGGCAGACCUGGAAUAAAUAGGAACUCUCCAACAAAUAAAUCUGCAAUAACUGUAACCACAUGUUAUUACAUGACUGUAUUUCCUUUAUUGUGCCUUCUAAAUAGAAUUGUUUUAUCUCGGUAGUGUCAUGAUUUUGGCUAAAGGGGACUAAAGUCCACCUACACAGAAAAUGUGUUUAGCUUCCUGUUACAUCACUUGGUUGCUUGUCUUUCUCUGUGCAGACUGAUGAAUGUCCAGAGUUCAAAAAGCUUUGCAUGGGCAAUACAAAUCAGACACAAAUUACUGUUCCACCUGAAAAAUGCUCAGAGUUUGUAUGAACAGCUCACCCUAGUCCCAGGAUGGUUUUAUCCUCUGCAUUGUUUUGGUUUAUAAUGUUCAUUUUAUGUUGUAACAGAGUUGCUCAAUCAGCUGUGUAGUCUUUGUGGAGGCUACAUUUUGUGGUGCUGUUUAGUCAGCCCUCAGUGCUAACCUGGACAAAUGACAAAUAUGUUUUCAAGUGAAGUUAGUAAAUACAAGCCAAUACAUUAAACAUAAUGCACAGUUACAUAUUGAGUAACACAGCAUGGUGGCAGAUAUUCAGUCAAAAUAAUAGCAUAAUACUUGAAGCAAUAUUUUGUAAGUUAAGACGAAGUAAUGGUUAUGAUGAUCAGCAAUUUGAAAACAUGAUUUGUCCUUUGCUGAACUGAAAGCAAUAAUUAAUUUUAAGAUACUUACCAUACCAUUUCACACUAGCUGAAUUUUGAGAUCAGAUCACUACAUUAGGUUUUUCAGAUCUAAACUAACAGGUGUUUGUCAGGCGAAUAUAAGAGAAUCAAGGAGUCUGGUCAGGAUGCCUUUCUGUAUUCUGAAUCCAUAGAGUUGAUAUAAUACAAUGUGUUUCAUCCCACAAUCAAACUGCCUUUAAAGAAAAUGCUUGACUCCCCCUAUUUGAGCAAAGCAGCACAGUAAAUGGCAAUAGAAACCCCAUGAGGGAGAUGUGCAAAAAUUGGAACUCCACAGGGAAUGCCAGUGAACAAAAUUAAUUAUGACUGUUUGAUGAAGUAAUUAUAAUAUAUAAUAUUAUAUAAUCAUAAAUAUGAUGAAGAAUAAAAUUAAAAUUCAAUGUACAAGCUACUGAAAAAA